ACAUGAUCGUAUGUUGCACCUAUCAGAUCAGUUACAUCUCAAGAGAAAGACUACAGUACUAAACUACAAACCCCUCAUUUGGGAAUCGAUUCCUGAACUCUAGACAGGAGAUGGAGAUGGGAGGACGAUGGGGGAGCGAUCCCCACAAUCGGCCUAGUAGAGCGACAUGAGCCAUUGUCAAUGGUUACUAGCAUUUAAGCUUGAGUGACAUCGUGGGUGUGAGUGCAUUAUUAUUGUAACCUCGUAUCCAUGCUGACGAAGGCUACGAUAUGGGGUUUUGACUGAUAUGUAGGUAUGUAACCUGCCGCCGCUAUUCAUUCCGCGCAUUGGGGGCUGAAAAUUAAUAUAUGAACGCAAACUCUUGACGAGAGGAUAAAAUGCGAUCCGAUUCUUGUGGUGUAUUAUUUCUCUCGAUAUUUUCGAAGAUUAUCCCCGUCUGAGGCAGGGAAUAAUACUCAUUUCUUAUCAUAUUUCUAACAAUAUCGAGAAUAAAAAAAUGGAGGAAGCCGACAUAGUGGUAGCCGGUGGAGGAACCACCGGCCUCAUAGUCGCAUGUCGACUCGCAAAAGCAGAUCCAACACUCUCGAUCGUCGUUCUCGAAUCUGGCAUCGAAACAAGGAAUAACCCUCUCAUCGUCAAUCCUGCCAUGUAUAUACAUAACCUCUUUCCCCCAUCAAAAACAGCAGCGUUCUACAAAUCUCGAGCAAGAGAAGAACUAGGUGGAAGAGAGCUCGUCAUCGUAGCAGGAGGAUGUCUAGGUGGUGGAAGCUCGAUAAACCUUAUGGUAUAUUCCAGAGCGCAGAUGAUUGAUUUUGAUGAUUGGGGGGCAGACGGUUGGAGGGGGAAAGAUAUGCUUCCUUUUCUGAGAAAUUAUGAACGGUUUCAAGACACGAAUCCCGGAAUCGAUAAAUCGGUGCAUGGCUAUGAGGGUGAAAUUAGCGUGUCCGCCGGCACGUACGCGCAGAGACCGUUCCAGGAGGAUUUUUUGCAAGCGUGCAAGCAACUUGGAAUCCCAGAGACGGUCGAUGUGCAGGAUUUGAGGACGUCGAAUGCUGUAGGGAGAUGGAACAAGUAUAUCGACCAGGACACGGGGUUAAGGCAAGACGUCCCUCAUCGAAUGCUCUACCCAAUUCUCGACGCAAAAGAUACCGGUCUUCGAGUCCUGACCGAAUCAAGAGUCGAUCGUAUAUUAUUUGAGGGCCACAAAGCUGUUGGGGUGAAGUACCGACAUGGCACAACUGAUAAAGAAAUCCGCGCUCGACGACUCGUCGUCCUUGCCAGCGGUGCAUUAGGCACACCGCAAAUCCUGGAAAGGUCUGGUAUCGGUGGCAAAGAACUACUUGACAAGCUGGGGAUACCACUAAUAUCUGACCUCCCCGGAGUCGGAACGAAUUAUCAAGACCACAAUGCCUUAACCUAUCCGUACAAGUCAAGUGCGAGCGCGGAGGAAACUCUGGACGGCAUAGUCAGCGGUCGUCUCGGUCUCGAGGAGGCCCUAGAGAAGAAAAACGCCGCUCCUCGACGACACAUCCUUGGGUGGAACGGCUUCGACUGCGUGGGAAAGCUUCGACCCACGGACGAAGAAGCAGAGUCUUUCCCAGAGUGUCUGAAGACCCUUUGGGAGAAAGACUUCAAGCCCCGUGCUGAGCGUCCGCUCCUGCUCAUGUCCUCGCUGGCAGUAUACUUUGGAGAUCAUUCCAAUCUCGGAGAGUCCCAACACUUCAGCCUGGGUCCCUAUACCCCUUACCCAUACUCGCGUGGCUCCGUCCACAUCACUGAUCGCAAUCCGCUCACUCCUCCGGAGUUUGAUUGUGGAUUUUUCGACAAUCCUGCAGACUUGGAGAAGCUCGUGUGGGGGUAUAAGAAACAGAGGGAAAUUGCACGUCGGAUGGCGCAUUAUCGAGGACCUCUUCAAACGGGACAUCCUUCGUUUCCCGCCGGCUCGAAAGCCGGAUUCGAUGCUAUCGACGAGGCCUCGAGAGAACAAGGACAUGCUGUUCCGAUCACGUACUCUGAAGAAGACAACGAGGCAAUAAGAGCCUUCCUUAGAAAUAACAUCUCAACGACGUGGCAUAGUAUGGGUACGUGUGCGAUGAAGCCGCGAGAGGAGAGAGGUGUCGUUGAUAAAGAUUUGGAUGUCUAUGGUGUGGAACAGUUAAAGAUCGCCGGUAAGUUUUCUUUCUUUUAAUACGCCUCUAUCCUAGUUCCUUGAUCGUUUUAAGGAAACAAUUUCGCCAGGCUAAUGUACGAUUUGAUAGAUCUUUCUAUCUGCCCUAGUAAUGUGUCCGCGAAUACGUACUCUACUGCUCUUGCGGUCGGUGAGAAAGCUGCGUCCAUCAUCGCAAAAGCGUUGGGCAUUCCCUACUCACUUGAGCCGGGUCCACUGGAUCCU